ACUCCUCCUUAACAUUGCACGCCUUUCAUAAAUAUUUUGAACUUCAGAAUUCAAUCACAAUUAAAAUUAUUCUCAUUAUAAAUAUUUAAAACUAAUCACUGACUCCUUCUUGAUUUUUUUGGUUCAAUGUUGUUAGUUUCACAGUAAUUGAACGUUAUUGAUUAUCCAUAGGUCAGACGAUCUCACAUUUUCCAUAUAUUUUACAAUCCCUUCUGAUAAUUUUUCAACUAACCAUAAAACCUUCAUGCCUGUUUACUCAAAAUCUUUUCCUCGUGCAAGUGAGAGAAAGAGUAGAAGAACUCAUAAGAAUUCUCGUGAUGGCUGUCCCAACUGUAAAAGCAAAAGGAUAAAGUGUAGUGAAGAGCUUCCAUCAUGUCAUAAUUGUAUAAAGAAAAACUAUCGCUGUGGAUACUUGGAUUUCCCAAAAGAUAAGUUAGAUAUGAUACGUAAGAAGAACGAUAAGAAGGCUCAAGAAAUAUUUGGUAACAAACAAGAGUCAUCUCACAAAGCUCACGUACCAUCACCAUUUAAUUUCCAAGAUUCCUCAGGUAAUUCUACGCAAACCCCUCCCACAAAUUUGACUCCUUUAUCUGAAACUCCCAACAAUAGCAAUCAACUAUUCAAUGACUACUUACCAAUGCCAAUCCCCAAAGAAAAUGAUAUGGAUUCAACCCCACCUAAUAUAUUUAACAAGGUUCCCCAGGAUAGCUUUGAUUAUUUCAACGUCCCAUUUUCUAAGGAUGACUUAAGAAUGGCAGUUUAUACCGAUACAAUGAAAAAGCUCAUGCAUGAUAAUAACAAUUUACAAUUACCAUCUUAUACAUAUGACGUUUUUGAGACAUUUGGUGAUCCUCCGCAACGACAAGAACUCAAUCAUUAUCCCCUUCAUAGUCAGUUAAAUAGUGUCUUGGAUAAUGGGAAUUUUAAUGACUUAGAUCUCGAUAUUGAUACAGACACUGAUAGUUUCGAGAAUUCCAAAACAUUAUUUAAUCAUCAUUUUGGUAUAAGUGUAAAUGAUACCCCUAAAGAUAUUUCCGAUAACAUUAUCUUACCAUUUCCACCACCAGAAACUCCCAAAAUAGGUACACCUCUUCCAAAUGCCAUGAUCAAAAAUGUUUCUCUUACUUCACUCGAAUAUCCCAAAAGGCUACAGCAAUCAUUUAUGAAAGAGCUUUACCGAAAUGAACAUGAAUUAUUAAUCGAACGAACAAAUACAAUGAAGUCACCCAUGUGGACCAAGGAGAAUGAUGAAAUACUUUGGUCCACAAUUUUCAACAAAGCAGUUACAUUUGAUGUAUACUUUUCAUUUUUCAUGGAUCGCUCUUUGAAUGUCAUAUUGAAGAUUUGUAACAAGUCAAUUCACUCAGGAACUAGUGUAACUUGCUUUACCUCCAAGAUUCUUGAACAAUUAACAAAGAAAUCCUACACAUAUUAUGGUCUGUUGAUUAAAAAUUUAAGGGAAUCUAUAACUCAAUCUGAUAUUGAGCCAGCAAUAAUAUCUUGGUACGCUAGUUGGUGCCAAUAUUUACACAGUUAUGCAACUAUUGAUACUUUAAGUUUAAUGUAUGGUGGAUCUACUUCAUUGCUAUGCAACGUGCUUAACGGAUGCCAAACCUUGGAUCAAAUACCUCCUUCUUUAUCGGUGAUUAUGCAUAUUAUUGAAAGUGAUAUCGUAGCAUGCGUGGCACCUGAUUAUAAGUUUGAUGUAAUUGAAGAGUUGUACAAAGACUUGGUAGAUUUCAAAACAUUUAUUAUUUACAAUCAAGAAUUAACUACAGAGAAUAACGGCUAUAUAUUGAAAGCAUUUGUCGAAGUUGAAAACUUUGUAAAGGAGUUAAUUGAGGAAAUUCACCCUAAGUUAUUAUAUAUUAACAAAUUUUACAAGUCAUUAUAUAAAGAUGACGAUGAUUCAAAUGAUUUGAAGUAUAUUUCCCCAUCAUUACUUUUUGAUUUAUUGGUUAAAUGGCUCAAUGUUAUUCCAAGUCAUGCCAUAUCGAUAGGAAAAAAUAUGACUCCCUUGAAGAAAACAUUUUAUUUGUUCUUCACUGCAAUCGGAAAGGCAUUAUCUAAUGUAUACUCCGUUAUCAGAAGUGUCGCUUUGGUAGAUGCUUUAAAUAUUAUCCACCCUCAUGCAGACUUCAACAGCAAAACCUACCAAUUUGAUAUUUCCCAGGUCUCAGGUACAGAGCAGUAUCAAUAUCUAUAUAACUUAUCAUCUAAAUUGAUUCGGGUCAUUACAUUUUUCAAUGUUCGUCAGCAAUUAAUCACACACUAUACAGAGAAGAAUCGGGAAACAAUCACCAAAGAAUGUCAUGUAAAGAUGGUUGAACCAAAACAUGAUAGGAUGCAAGUAGAAAUGGGCGAUAUAAUACACGUUAUUCCAGAAAAAGUCGACAUUAAAGAGGUUAUGGUGUCCAAUUUUAGUAUAAAUACCAUAAUCAACCUUUACAAUUACCCCAUUUUAAACGACUUUUACACAAACUUGAAUGACGAAUCAACCGAACUUAAACAUGCUAUUGAACAUGAGAAUCAUGACCAAAAGAUACGAAUCAAAGAAUUUAGAGCUAAAUACCAAUCCAAAGGGACCCACGAACCUAAAAGUAACCCAGAAUAUAUCAACAAUGACAACCAGCUACAUGAUUUUGAUUAUGGAACUGGGUCGUUCAUCUUUGACUAUCGGAUUGGAUCCGCUUUGGAAUUUUUUCUUAAACAUCAGAAUCAAUGUCGGACUCCAAGAACAUUAAAACAGCUUAAAGAUACAUUCGUCCAUUUCGAAUCUGCAAUUAAGGAGCUAAACAAAAGCAUCGAGUCAGAUCGCCAAUCGCGGAAUGCUCAAACAGAUUAAGUACAAUUAUGUAGUAUUUCCCUAACAAUUUUGUAUUCAUGUAAUAUAUCAAGCACCAUGAAUUUCUUCUAUGUAAUGUAAACAUUGAAAUACAAAUCCUCUCAUGAAAAGUCCACUCCAACUUCCCUACGCCAACCUUCCAUAACAAGCCAAACAAAUUGGGCAACAAGCAUGCUGCUUAUAUCCAACCCUUUCAUCCUUAAUUAGGACCACCACUUGGCUUUCUGAUGUAUAUGAAAACAACUAUGCCAUCAUAUUGUCUUAGUGCCUAGCGUC